GGUGUGACUUACAUGUAUCUAGCUAAUCAAGAAAUCUUUUAACUUGAUCCUCGACUUUAUCUGAAGUAUUACAUCGAGUAGCAGGCUUAAAGAAUAGAGGAAUAUCUGUAUUUCUGCUCUCCCUUUACUCACUAAUGUGCUAGCCCUGUACCUCGAGACGUACUUAACCUGUGUUGCCUUGGAGUGGAGGGGUAGCUCUAGUCAUGGGCCAAACAGCAGCAAAGUUCUCUCAGACACUGAAACUGUUGAGAGAAGACAGCGAGGAGCUGACCAUCGUAGAGCUGGAGGGAGUCUACCUCUCAGAGAAAGAACUGAGGAAGCUAGGAGAUGCCUUGAGGACUAAUAGGCAUGUGCGUCACUUAAUUCUGACUGGGUGUCAAGUCAACAGAUUAGGUCUCCAAUACAUAUCAGAUGCUCUAUGCAGUGUGGUGCAUAUCAGUAAUGUCACUAAAGUCAAUCUCUCUAAUAAUAGAGAUUUUGGUCAAGAAGGUGCAGGGUAUCUUGGUAAUGUAUUGGAGAACAAUAAAGUAUUACAGAUACUGAUUAUCAACAACUGUGGACUGGGGGAUUCUGGGGUACAACACAUAGCCAAAGGUUUAUGUCACAACCAUACGUUACUUACACUCGAAAUCGGAUCCAAUCAAGUCACUGAUGUUGGAGCAGGAUACAUGAGUGAAGUAUUCAAAAUGAACAAGAAACUCGAAGGACUCUCUUUAUGGCAAAAUGAAAUCACAGCUGAAGGUGCUCACUUUUUGGGUGAGGGCCUUCAGUUAAAUCGAUCGCUAAGAUGGUUAGGCCUCGGGCAGAAUACCAUCGGGCCUGAUGGAGCGUGGGAACUGGCAGUGACGCUACAAAACAAUGCAACAAUACUCUGGCUCGGAUUAGGAGCUAACGAACUCGGGGACAAAGGAGCAGAACACAUCUCUAAUCUACUAGCAGCUGGUAAUAUUAGUAGAUUAAAGUCAAUUGGUCUUGGGGGUAAUGAGAUUCAUGAUGACGGUGCAAUGUACUUGGCAAGGGCACUCAAAAGCAACAUGAGGUUGGAGUCACUAGGACUAGGCGGUAACUUAAUAGCUGAUAAAGGUGGCCUUGAAUUGGCUGAGAUGCUAAAGAGGAACAUGUGUCUAAAGAAGUUGUUAUUGUCGAGCAAUUUGUUAGGUGACACUACUGUUAGUGCUAUAGCCGAAUCUCUUACAGUAAAUCGAUGUCUAGAAAUGUUACUAAUAGCUGAAAACCCGUUCAGCGACGAGGGAGGCACCAAUUUAUCAUCCGUCCUAUGUCAGUCAGAGACAUCGUUAAGAAUAAUGGAUAUACAGGGAACUAGAAUGUCACCUGAUGUAGAAAGAAAGAUAAUAUUAGAUUUAGAGAGUCAGAGUAACUUGGAGAGAAUAGGGUCAAAAUUUGCUUCUAAGCACACAUCAAGCAAUGGAGCAAUAAGAAAAAGACAUCAUUCAAACAAAGCUAGACCAAGUGAACUGUCUUUAUAAAAAUUAUUAAUUUUGUGUAUAUUUCCCUUCCUCUUUUCUUUUUUUCUCCUGUGUCUAUAAUUAUUAUUGCUUUUUGUUAUAUUCCACAUUAAAUUUGUAUUCAUUGUUUCUGUUUGCCAUUAUUUUUAUUGAAA